UGACACAGUAAGCACAAACACUCUGUAUGGAGGUGACGAAUGGUUGGUCAGCUUAUGGUAAAAGCUAUCAGUUACACUCGGCAGGACUCUUGACCACAUCAGGCUUCAGUUAAAGUCGCCAGGAUCAUAUUUACCAGUGAACAAUUCGUGAAACUCAUAACAUAGGCCGUCUGCGAGGCCUAGUCACGUUAGAACAAUAACAUUUCCUCCGGAGCAACGUAACACGUGUUACAGAAAAAUUGUUGGUUUCGUAUUCGACAAAUUUUGACUGAGGGAAAAGAUGGGGAAAGAGGAGACAGCAUCAGUUUCUUCCUCUGAUCGUUCAGAUACUGUCAAACUUAAGAAAGAACUCGGACUUCACAAUGGAGUGGCACUAAUCGUUGGUGUUAUAAUUGGAGGAGGCAUUUUUAUAUCUCCCAAAGGAGUGCUACAGGAGGCUGGAUCUGUUGGUCUCUCACUCAUCAUAUGGGUAUUAUGUGGACUAAUAUCCCUAAUAGGAGCGGUGUGUUAUGCCGAACUGGGGACUAUGAUUCUGAAAUCGGGUGCUGACUAUGCUUAUAUACGUACGGCUUUUGGCAAUUUACCCGCAUUUUUAUACCUGUGGGUGGCAAUCAUUAUUAUUUUACCCACGGGAAAUGCCAUAACGGCAUUGACAUUUGCUGAAUAUAUACUCGAACCUCUGUUCCCGUGCGAAUCGCCAAAAUAUGCCACUCAACUGUUAGCUGCACUUUGUAUCACACUUCUUACAUUCAUCAACUGUGUGAAUGUGAAAUGGGCAGCUCGAGUUCAGGAUGUCUUCACAGUGACGAAAAUAAUCGCUCUCGUCAUUAUCAUCAUCACGGGAAUGGUCUACCUUGUUAUAGGAGAUAGAGAGAGUUUUGAGGGUUCUUUCGAGAACCACACCUCCGAACCACAGAGUGUGGGCCGGGUAGCCUUGGCAUUUUAUUCCGGCCUGUUCUCGUACUCGGGCUGGAACUACCUGAACUUUGUCACAGAGGAAAUCAAGGACCCUUACAAAAAUUUGCCGCGAGCUAUCGGUAUCUCACUGCCGUUGGUGACCGUCAUCUACGUCCUGGCCAACAUAGCGUACUUUGCUGUUCUCACCCCCCUGGAAAUGUUAAGGUCCGACGCUAUAGCCGUGACAUUUGCUGAUCGGACCUUAGGUGUAAUGGCCUGGACGAUGCCUGUAUUUGUAGCCUGCUCAACGUUUGGUGGUCUUAAUGGGGCCAUCUUUACCUCCGCCAGGUUAUUUUUUGUUGGAGCCCGUCAAGGACAUUUACCAGGUUUCCUAGCAACCAUAAACUACAAAUUUUUCACACCUCUGCCUUCACUGGUAUUUGGGUGUAUUAUGUCUAUCAUCAUGCUGUGCUGGGGGGACGAUAUGUACGCAUUAAUUAACUACGCCAGUUUUGUGGAGUCCUCCUUUAUUGGAAUUAGCAUAGCGGGCAUGUUGUACUUGAGGUACAAACACCCGGAAUGGGAACGACCUAUCAAGGUGCAUAUAUUCUUCCCCAUUUUCUUCAUGGCCAUCUGUCUGUUUCUGUUCAUCAUGCCUCUAACGGCGAGCCCCACGGAGUGUUUUAUGGGUCUGCUCAUGGUUGCUACAGGGAUUCCGGUGUACAUCUUGGGAGUCAUGUGGGAAAACAAACCAGAGGCCUUCAAAGUUUUAACAGAAAAGUUUACCAAAUUCACCCAGAAACUGUGUUUGGGUGUGAGGGAAGAAAUGAAAGAAGACUGAAGAUACUUGCUUGAUGCUGUGAUUAGAAUGGACAAUAAUAACACAGAAUAGCCCUACGCUGACCAGAUACUACAGAAGGACCACAAUGACAAACAGCAUUGUUCGACAGUGUUAGAACAAUGAAACUACUCAAACUAUAUGCAUGUCAAAUAUCAGUCUUAUCACCUCAAAAUCAUUCCUACGCAGCCUAAAUCAUCGUAAGGCAUUGAUGUUGAUCACUUUGACUUGUCAUAAUAUAUUGUGGUAGAAAUUCACAACUCAUGAAAUUUGUUUAUCAUGUUUUGCAAACUCUCAAUAGUUAUUUUUCAGAUUUGAAAAGAAAAAGAAUUGCUAAAGCUCAAUUUAUUUUUUGAAAAUUACCAAUAUUUUUCAGAACCUCAUUAUUCUACAAUCUUUCAUUAUUGAAAUUAAAUGUAUCCUCAAAUUUUAGAAAUUAAGGUUCAGGACCUGUUUAAGUCUCAUUAAGUCCUGUACCUUUUAGUAUAUUAAACAUAUGUAUUCUGUCAGUUUAACAGUCAAGUGGUUCACAAUUUGACUGGGUUAUUCUUGUAGAUUUGAAGGCAUAAGAAUUAUACAAGGUUGGCUCCAAAUUAUCUGUAAAACAAAGGGUGGAGAGAAGGGUGUCUUUGGCACAAUCUGAAUUUGGGGUUUUAAUGUAGACUGUUAAAUCUUGCGAUAGAAAACUGAUACAAUUUGUGAAAUCAUUUUAGACUGGUAAUUUGUAUUCACAGUGAAAAAAUAGCCAACAACUGAUUUAAAUAGAGAAGGUUUAUGAUGGUAUAAAACCAACCGACAAUAUCCUAGCCUAAUGUGAUAAUUGAUGUCUCGCGGACCAAAAUUCAUUGGUUAUCAUUAGUGCGACACUUUUUCUCUUGGGUGAUAUGUGUUUUAUGAAUAGCUGUUCCAGCCAAUCUCCUUCCAUAGUUUUGAUGAAGUGAAUAAUCGAGAUCAUUCAAAAUCUUUGGGGUGCUAAGAUAGUGUAAUGUUGAUGCUCAGGUGUUUUGAAUUUGAUUCAAACCCCAACACAUGGCAGUUUAGAUGUUGUUUGUAACUUAAAACUUUUUGAUGCUGAUAUGUUUUAAUUUAGUUUAAACUCUGACACAUUAAGAUUUGAAUAUCGUCUUAACUCCAUAAACUUUUUUUUCUAUGCUCUUGUGUUUUAUUUUGGUUCUAACUUUUACAUAUCUGGAUUUAAAUGUUGUCCAAUGCUUUGUGAAAGAUUUUGAUGAUCAGUUAUUUUAAAAAUUUGGUUCAAACUCAUACUUAUCUAGAUUUAAAUUUUGACCGUUGAUUUUAGAAAUGUUUUGAUGGUCAUAUAUUUUUAUUUGGUUUCAAACACAUCAAGGUUUAAUUGUCUAAAUCUUUUGGAAAUAAUAUGCAGUUUUAUUAUUAGUUUUCACAUCACAGUACAAUUCAUUAUGAAUAGUUGGCAAGAUCCCAUUAUAACUCAGCAUUGACAUCUGUGUUCUGACUUUGGCAUCAACAAUUAGAUACAAGUGUUCAGAUUGUUAAUAUCCUGAGUUAACAGAUACGGUGUUAUCCAUGUUUAGAUAAAUAUUUGUCCUACAUUAGGUAUACGUUGUUAAAAUCUUUCUGGAAGUAGCAUUAUUCUUUAUUUUAUUAAUCCUUUGAUCUCUUUGUUAUAAGUUUAUCUCCAAACAUGAAAUUGUUUUUAAAAUACUGUAUCAAAGAAAGUGUUUGGACGUUAUUUUAUGCCAGCUGUUUUUCAGACUUUUGUAUGAUCAAAUCUUUGUCAUCUUUUAUGGAGUUAUUUGAUUCUGUUGAUUUGUAACCUUUCAAUAUAUUUUGUCAAUUUUUACCUCUGUCUAUUACAGUCCUCUUUUGCUAGCACUGAGUUAUCUGAAUUGAAAAUAGAUAUUCAAGUAAAUCUGCUAUGAGAUGUGUUCAUUUUGUACAAAACUUGUUGUGAGAUGUUUUAUUUAAAGAUUGACAAGAAACGGUCAGUUCAGACCAUUGUCCAAAUUUAAGUCCAUCUUUGUAGGACUCUGCUUUUACUGCCAGUUACGUUAUUAAAAAUCUGUAACUUAACAUGUGUAUGCUUUGUCUGCAGUCACAUGCUUUGAUUUAUACAAUACAAUUUGAUGUAAUGAGCUGUAAAUGAAAUAUUUUACUGGGCUUUCGUUUAACAUACUGUUAGUUUUGUGUUAAGUGGAAAACCACAAUAUCCCUUUUAGUCUUGCUGGUAUGGAAAUUGUUGCUUACUUCCAGGGGAAAGUUCUCUGGUCUUUUUUGUCUUUUUAUUGUUACCGAAUGCUCAUAAUAUAAAACAAUCUUAUAUUCUGCUUUUUGUGGCCCAUCACUUUCAGUUUUAUCAAAUAUGUUGAUAGUUAUACAAAACAAAACUGUUACAGCUUCCUUUAAUUAUGUAGGAUUAUAAGUAAGUUAUUGCGUUUGUUGCGUUUGUUGCGUUGUUAUGUGCUAGAUGUACAUGUUUGAAUCUCUGUAACAGUUAAAACACAUUUUAUCUGUUAUAUUCUAUCAUAUUGUUUUGGUGAGAAGCCCAUGCUUGAAAUUUAUCAACUCUUUAUUCCCAUUUAACCUUUUUACAAAUUUUAAAGAUGAGCCUUAUCUGAAAAUAAUUCCUUUGAUGAUUACAAAUUGAAUCUUAAUUAUCUGUAAAAAACAAUAUUACAAUUAAUUUUAGUAUUAGACAAUUUUAAUUUAUAAAAUUUUGUAUGGUCUCCAACAGAAUGAAUUGCAUAUUUAUUUUACUGUGUUCAGUAAAAUUAGCAUGUACAUCGUGGUAAAGGGAGGUAACAACAUUAACCCAUUUUAGUAGCUAGUAAUUCUGUUGUUAAAAUAGAUAAUAUAUGUUAAGUGUGAUAUGGUAAAAAAUUGAAAUCUUGUGUCCUAUAUACAUGUACUGAUCUUGAAAUCCUUUAACAAAGAUAUAAUAAACAUCUUGAUCAAUAAACAAAAAGUGAUCUUUUGUAACAAUUCUACAAAAGUGCUCCACUUUGGGUAAAAUGAAAGAUAUAAACUUUAUUUAUUUUUCAACAAUUAUUUCAACUUAUUUCAAUCACUCUUGUUGGCCUGAAUAAUGGGGGGGGGGGGGUCUAAGUGUGGGAGGAAACUGGAAAACCCACGUGCUCGGAGGUGUUCAUGACCCAUACCUUUUCACGUCCGAUCGGGGAAUCGAACCCCAGUCGCCUUGGUGAAAGGCAAGUGCGCUAUCCACUGCGCCACCCGACCACAUACUUUAGGUACUUUCCAAUUUGGGGUACUCUCACCCUAUAGGUUUCCCAAACAACCACGCAUUAUGUUUAUACAACCAUAGAAAAAUGAUAAGCAUAGUAUAGGUUUUAUGUAGAUGAUGCACAGGGUUAUUAUAGUACAAAAUAACUUCAUGCACUUGGGUAUUAAUCAAUGUAAUAUGUACAGUAAUUCAUCUACCAGAGCUGGGUCAAUAUACAUGUAACUUGCACUGCCCUAAAGGAAACUAUUCAUUUAGAAAAUUUGACUCGGUAAAUUUGCUUCCUUGUUAAAGAAUAUCAUUCAUAAAAACGUUUUUAUAUUUGUAAUUUAAAUAUUGUACACCAGAGCUCAUAUUGGGUAUUAUUAAUUGAAAGCAAUAAUUCUUUUAAUCAAUGUAAGUAGUAACACUGCCUUGUUCAUAAUUAAUUUUAUUCAUCAAAAGCAUUUGUUGUUAUUUUUUUAAGGAUGGGUAUUAAUAUACAUGCACUAAGAAAUAAUAGAUUGAUAUAAAUUCAACAAAUAUACUCUUUGACAUUGACUUUUGUUCAUUAACAAUUUAUUGGUGUUUUUACUUAAAUAUUAUGCACAGGCUGAUGUUAUACUAGUGUAGAUAUUACCGACAAUGACUAAGGAAUUCUUUUUAUUUAGCUUUCUUAAUUUGCACUAUUGUUAUAGAAUCUCACAGGUUAUUCUCUAAUUUGAUUUGUAUUGUUGUAAGUGUUGUUUGCAAAGUGUUUGACUAUAGUUUUCUAUGUUGCACAGUUAAAAUGUGUUCUUCCUAACCUGACUCUUGCCAAUCCACAUGUGAACUUGUUCCUGUGUGUGGUACGGAGAGUUGUUAAAUUUAUUUGGAUAUAUUUAACUGGUUACAUUUGCUCUGUAUUAAUUAUUGGAAAAUGCUGUAUUCCAUUUUCUCCUGUAAACUACUGUUAUUGAUACUCCAAACCCUGUACAAUAGCAAACCCUGUACAAUAGCAAACCCUGUACAAUAGCCUUUGUUGAUGUACUAAAACUUCUACAGGUAAACAUGACUAUGAACUUCGUACUAAAACUUCUACAGGUAAACAUGACUAUGAACUUCAAGUUAUUAUUACUCAUUAUGAAGUAGUAGUUGUCUCCCUUGUUAAAGAAUAAAAAAGUCUUCAAUAAAUUUUACUUUUAUUAAUUGAUACCUUAUUACCUCCGAGUUUGUUUUAAAAAUGUGCUGGUUUACUGUACAUAAUAACCGUUCUGUAAAGUCAUUGAUUAUAUAAACCACAGGUUUUACUAUAGAUAUUACUGUAAUCUCUACAAUCCACAGGUUUUACUGUAGAUAUUACUGUAAUCUCUACAAUGCUGACUAACAUGACAUUUUAUAUAGUAACCACUAACUACACUUACAUUUAGGAAUCUGUCAGCAUCCCUUGUUAUCAUGGCCAAUAAAUUAAAAGUUCAUUUGUUGUUGGUAUCAUAAUUUUCUUUUAUUAUUGAUAUAUUCAUCAAAUUAUGUUUUUUGUAUUUUUUACCAAUUCAUCUUUUCUGAUGCUUGAUGUGGAAAAUCAGACCUAAUCUGGUACAUUCCAGUCUCUAACAAAUAUAAUAUCAAACUAUAAUGCUGUUUGAUAUACUGAACAAAUUUCUAUAAAGAACAAAGUGUAUUAAAUCUUAUGUAAAAUAACUUGGCCUUUUUGGACUUGGGCGUUAGAACGUUGUAAUGAACAUGAGGGAAUUUAAUAAAAAAAAAAAAAUCAUAACCCUUUUUGUCAUCAGUUGCUUCUCGCUGAUCAAAUUUCGAAACAACUAACUGAAAAUAAUCAAAACAAAACAGCUUAAAUAUUUUAGCUUCAUUUUACACAAUGGUAACUUGACAUUAGUAUACGUCAUUGUCGUUGUUUUGUCAAACAUUAGUCAGGCUGAGUAUAUGAGAAGAAAAUUUAAAAAUGUGGCUUCAUUUUGAGUCAAGUUUUGGAUAUAGAGAAUAAAUGUAGAUAUGUGAUAUACCAUCGUCAGAUACCCACACUCAUCGUGGGAUGAGUAAGUACCGAAGCGAAAUCAACCGUGGGUAUCCGACGAUGGUGAUAUAUAUGUUUAAGUAAAACCACGCUUCAUUCGAUAAUUGUACAUUGUAAAGAUUUAAUACUUUGGAUGUACGCUGCUAUAUUUGUGUAUGUAUAAUAUUCAUGCAAUCACCGAUGCCAGUUUUUAUAUUUUCAGAAGUGGAUGUCUUUCUGGAAUGUAGUUUGUAUUUUGUGUGAAACUUUCGUUUUUCAUGUAAAAUUAUGUAUUUACUUUAAAAUGAAAAAUCACUUGCGUAUAGCUUGUUUACUUGUUAAGUUUUAAUCAGACUAGAGUUGAGGAAGGUAGCAAAUGAUGAUCAUUACAUUGGGGAACAACGUGUGGUUGAUUGUAAGGAAUCAUUUCUACUAUACAACCAGAAAGAUAGGUUUCCGCUUAUCUAUAUUAAUGGUUGAAAGCAUUGUGAAAAUCGUAAGCUGACUGAAGCAAGUUGAGGAUUUUUUACAUCACUUAUUUAUUGCAGUGGAAGUAGUUGUAUAUAUGUUUUAACACAAGUUUGCUGGUGGCAGCUGAUAAACUUAUAUUUAUUUAAGCAAAACAGUAUAAAAACUUUGCCAUACUGCCAUGCAUAUUUUAUCUACAAGUCGUUAUAAUUGUAUAUACACUGCUAUGUUGCUCUCAGUAUAAAUAUGGGUUAUAUAUACAUGAUAAAUACACAUUUACUAGGGGACACUAUUAUACUCUUAAAAUAUGGAAAUGCUCAAUGUAUUGUUAUAUAUAUGUUGUUUGUAUUGUAUCAUUUCUAAUCGUAUGACUUGUUGACGUCCAGGAUUUUAGUGGCUAGCCAUACUCUGGCUCCAACCUGAUCAUACUGUAUUAUAUAUUAACUCACUAUAUUACACUUAGCUGGGUGGUUCAGAUUCACCAAAGCACUGGUAACAACAUCCUCUUACUUGUGUGUUCUAUUUUUGUACAUUACUAAACUCUGGGGACUUAACAUUCCAUUUUCGUCCUGACAUGAGAACAGCUGAUAUUUUAUAUGGCCGGUCUGAAUUUUCUUUGGCUCAAAGUUUCUCUUUUAUAAAAUUUUGGAUAUACAAAAAACCGCUAACUCAAGAUAAGGAGAUAUUUUGGGCUAGAAAAGAAACUGUUUUACAGCCAGGUCGGCGUUACACUGUACUUUUAAUUAAUAUUGAAUGUAAAUGUGUGAUAGAACAAUGAUAAUCUGUACUGAGUUAAGGAGAAGGAGUGUGAUAAUCUGUACUGAGUUAAUGAGAAGGAGUGUGAUAAUCUGUACUGAGUUAAGGAGAAGGAGUGUGAUAAUCUGUACUGAGUUAAGGAGAAUGCUAAUCUGUACCGAGUUAAUGAGAAGGUGUGUGAUAAUCUGUACUGGGUUAAUGAGAAGGAGUGUGAUAAUCUGUACUGAUUUAAUGAGAAGGUGUGUGAUAAUCUGUACUGAGUUAAGGAGAAGGAGUGUGAUAAUCUGUACUGAGUUAAGGAGAAUAGAACAAUGCUAAUAUGUACUGAAUUAAGGAGAAGGAGUGUGAUAAUCUGUACUGAGUUAAGGAGAAUGCUAAUCUAUACUGAGUUAAGGAGAAUGCUAAUCUGUACUGAGUUGAGGAGAAGGAGUGUGAUAAUCUGUACUGAGUUAAGGAGAAGGAGUGUGAUAAUCUGAACUGAGUUAAGGAGAAUGCUAAUCUAUACUGAGUUAAGGAGAAUGCUAAUCUGUACUGAUUUAAGGAGAAUGCUAAUCUGUACUGAGUUAAGUAGAAUGCUAAUCUGUACUGAGUUAAGGAGAACGCUAAUCUGUACUGAGUUAAGGAGAAUGCUAAUCUAUACUGAGUUAAGGAGAAUGCUAAUCUGUACUGAUUUAAGGAGAAUGCUAAUCUGUACUGAGUUAAGGAGAGGGAGUGUGAUAAUCUGUACUGAGUUAAGGAGAAGGAGUGUGAUAAUCUGUACUAAGUUAAGGAGAAGGUGUGUGAUAAUCUGUACUGAGUUAAGGAGUAGGAGUGUGAUAAUCUGUACUAAGUUAAGGAGAAGGAGUGUGAUAAUCUGUACUGAGUUAAGGAGAAUAGAACAAUGCUAAUCUGUACUGAGUUAAGGAGAAUGCUAAUUUGUACUGAGUUAAGGAGAAUGCUAAUCUGAACUGAGUUAAUGAAAAGGAGUGUGAUAAUCUGUACUGAGUUAAGGAGAAUGCUAAUCUGUACUGAGUUAAGAAGUGUGAUAAUCUGUACCGAGUUAAGGAGUGUGAUAAUCUGUACUGAGUUAAUGAGAAUAGAACAAAGCUAAUCUGUACUGAGUUAAGGAGAAUAGAACAAUGAUAAUCUGUACUAAGAUAAUGAGAAUGCUAAUCUGUACUGGGUUAAGGAGAAUGAUAAUCUGUACUGAGUGUGAAAAUAUUUCAAUAAAGAAGGAAACCAAAAA